AUGAAAACUCUGCCACUGCUGGUGUGCAUCUGUGCACUGAGUGCUUGCUUCUCAAGAUGUUUUCAUUUCUUCUACUUUCUUUCUCUUUUACAGCUCAGUGAAGGUCAUACACAGCAACAGAAAGUACUUCACAAAAAGAUUAAUGUCCAUCGAUAUACAUUAGACCACCACUCACCAUUUCAUCCCCAAUUUCGACCUGACAGGAACCUAUUAAUUCAAAAGCAUUUCCUUUUUAAUCAACCCAGACCCUGGAAGCCUUCAAAUCCAAGAAGAAAAUACAAGGGGCCAAAACAUGUCAAGCCACCUAAACAUCCAGCUAAAAAUGACACUGGGGUCAACAAUAAUACCUCAGAGGCUACCACUCAAGUCCCAUCUGUGGAACCCACAUCUACUUCCACCAAAAUUGUUCCCUCUCCAAGUGUGACAAUCCUUGCUCCGGAUGCUACCACAACGGCAAGAGAAAAUAACGGCAACACAGGCUUGUCUGCAACUACACCAUCACCACCAUCUUCCCCAGCUCUGCCAGACACCACAGCCGCCCCGCCUAUAUCUUCCCCAGCUACAGCACCUUCCCCAGCUACACCAGACACCACAGCUGCCCCACCUACACCUUCCCCAGCUACAUCAGCACCACCACCUUACCCAGCUACAGCAGACACCACAGCUGUCCCACCUACAUCUCCCCCAGCUACAUCAGCACCACCAUCUUCCCAAGCUACACCACAGACCACAGCUGCCCCACCUACAUCUCCCCCAGCUACGCCAGCACCACCAUCUUCCCAAGCUACACCAGAGACCACAGCUGCCCCACCUACAUCUCCCCCAGCUACGCCAGCACCACCAUCUUCCCAAGCUACACCACAGACCACAGCUGCCCCACCUACAUCUCCCCCAGCUACGCCAGCACCACCAUCUUCCCAAGCUACACCACAGACCACAGCUGCCCCACCUACAUCUCCCCCAGCUACAUCAGCACCACCAUCUUCCCAAGCUACACCAGAGACCACAGCUGCCCCACCUACAUCUCCCCCAGCUACGCCAGCACCACCAUCUUCCCAAGCUACACCAGAGACCACAGCUGCCUCACCUACAUCUCCCCCAGCUACAUCAGCACCACCAUCUUCCCAAGCUACACCAGAGACCACAGCUGCCCCACCUACAUCUCCCCCAGCUACGCCAGCACCACCAUCUUCCCCACCUUCACCAGAGACCACAGCUGCCCCAGAUACCACACCCAAUCCUUCCCCAACCACUCCUGACACUUCCCAAACUCCAGCUGAACCCACAACCCAAACUCCUACUCCAGCCAUUACUCAAACUACUAGUGUUGAACAAACAACUUCAUCUUCUCCCCAAGAUAUAUUUCCUCAAUUCUGGUUAGCUCUUAAUAAGCUAUGGGAGCAAUUUUGGCGUAUUACAGCAGCAAUAGUGCAUCAUACCCUGUGA